AUGUCGUGGUCGCAAAAGACUUUCUCACUGCCCGCUCAAUCCCGCGGAUCUUACCUCAUCACGGACAUUGUCUUGAACGAAGUCCCCGAGAUCAAGCAGUAUAAAGUGGGCUUGCUGAAUUUGUUCAUCCAGCACACGAGCUGUGCGUUGAGUUUGAAUGAGAACUGGGAUCCGGAUGUGAGGCUGGACAUGAGCGACGCCCUCGACCGCAUCGUGCCCGAGGCCACGGACAAGAACCCCGAUCUGUACCGCCACAGCGACGAAGGGCCGGACGAUCUACCAGCCCAUGUGAAAAGUUCAUUGAUUGGCACCAGUGUGACGAUUCCCAUCAAGAACGGGAAGCUGGCCACUGGCACAUGGCAAGGCAUCUGGUAUCUCGAGUUCCGCGCUCACAAGCACAGGCGCAACAUAGUAGCCACCAUUCAGGGAGAAAGGAAAAGCAGUAGUAUGUGA